GAAGCACAUCUUGUGUUCCUCCUCAGAGAGAAGCGUUCAGAGGUCCAUCUGGUUUUCUGCUGAUUUUAGCGACUGUUGUUGUUGUUGUUGUUGUUGUUGUUGUUGUUGUUGUUUUCUGAAGGUUGACAAACUUUCUUUCUUGGAGCCAAACUCUCAGAAACAAACAUGAGUCACGUCGACGUGAAGAACCUGAAGCCCACCAGCUUUGAAGACGAGUAUUACGAUCAGUAUGAAUAUUAUAAUCUGACCGAUAAAUACGCAGAAGGUUCGGCCCGUAAAGGCAGGACCAAGAAGGAGGCCAGUGAGAACACCAACCGACCCAACCCGUCCGGACAUGAGCGCAAGAUUGUGGAGAAGCUCCAAAACAGCGAGAAGAAAGCCAAGGAAUGAAUACAGAGGGUGACUCGGACGGCUUAUCCUGGAAACCGACCACGGCCUCCUUGGCGACAGAACUAGACGUACAGACGGCGGCAGCGUGCUGAGCUCCGACGGGCGAGGUUUAACCUGGGCAUGAAGAGGAGAGCCUGCAGAUCCAGACGUUCCAGCUGCAGUUGGAGAUCUUCAUCGUCUCGCCGACUGGCAGCAGACUGCGGCUCCUCCGCCUGUAGGUGUUUGUAAAGCACUCACCUGUGGUGGGGUGUACCCGGGUCCCUGUUCAGACCCUGUUCAGACCCUGUUCAGACCCAGAGGGUGCACCUGUGAUUGUGGUGGUGGCAGUUGGGUGAUUUUGAUGUGUUGAAAUGUUUUCAAUGGAUUUUAAAAAGAAGUAUUUUGACUAUUAAAGCUUUUUCUUUUUAAAUGA